UUUUAAUAUAUAGCAACACAUCUGGUUGCUUACUUUGUGAUGUCGUCUUCGAGUAUCGAGUGUCGUCGUCUUUUUUAAAGUUUUAUCAAGAUAUUUCCGGACUAAGUUGGUUAACGUGAUAAACUUCUAAAGUAGCAUAUGUAUUUAAAAGUGACUUAUCGUGAAAUUUGUUUAGUGUUGGACUCGAAUAAAGUUUGAUAAGUUUCUAAUUUUAGUCACCCAUAGAGGGCUUUUUGGUAAAAUGAUGACCGAAAAUAGAAUUAGUUCAAGUAAUCACGUCGGAAACAUGAGCAGUCAGAAAGGAGAUGUUGAUAAAACUGUGGAAGAUAUUGGGUGGAAAGCAAAAUUAAAACUACCGCCUAAAGACAGAAGAAUCAAAACCAGUGAUGUGACAGACACAAGAGGAAAUGAGUUUGAAGAAUUUUGUCUAAAAAGGGAAAUACUGAUGGGUAUUUUUGAAAAAGGUUGGGAGAAACCAUCUCCUAUUCAAGAGGCUUCAAUUCCCAUUGCACUUAGUGGUAAAGAUGUACUAGCGAGGGCCAAGAAUGGCACUGGUAAAACAGGGGCAUAUUGUAUUCCAGUUUUAGAACAGGUUGAUCCAAAAAAAGAUACUAUACAAGCCUUAGUUGUGGUACCUACAAGAGAACUGGCCCUACAGACAUCACAAAUAUGCAUUGAGCUUGCAAAACACACAGACAUUCGUGUAAUGGUAACCACAGGAGGAACAAACCUGCGAGAUGACAUAAUGCGCAUUUACCAAAAUGUUCAAGUAAUAAUUGCCACACCAGGGCGUAUGAUUGAUCUCAUGGAUAAGCAAGUUGCAAAGAUGGAGAAUUGCAGGAUGUUGGUUCUUGAUGAGGCAGAUAAACUUCUUUCCCAGGACUUCAAAGGCAUGCUGGAUACAGUUAUUUCAAGAUUACCAAAAGAACGUCAAAUAUUGUUAUUCUCAGCAACUUUUCCGCUGAGUGUUAAACAGUUUAUGGAGAAACAUUUAAAAGAGCCGUAUGAGAUUAAUCUCAUGGAGGAAUUAACAUUGAAAGGUGUAACACAGUACUAUGCAUUUGUGCAAGAGAGACAGAAAGUGCACUGUUUAAAUACACUGUUUUCAAAGUUGCAAAUAAACCAGUCCAUUAUAUUUUGCAAUUCAACGCAACGCGUGGAGUUGCUUGCAAAGAAAAUAACCGAAUUGGGUUACUGCUGCUACUACAUCCACGCGCGCAUGGCUCAAGCGCAUCGUAAUCGAGUGUUCCACGAUUUCCGUGCGGGCCUUUGUCGUAACUUAGUGUGCUCCGACCUGUUCACCAGAGGUAUAGACGUGCAGGCUGUGAAUGUGGUCAUCAACUUCGACUUUCCGCGCAUGGCGGAGACCUACCUCCACCGCAUCGGCCGCUCGGGACGGUUCGGGCACCUCGGUAUAGCGAUCAAUCUGAUCACGUACGACGACCGGUUCGCACUGCACCGCAUCGAGCAGGAGCUGGGCACGGAGAUCAAACCGAUCCCGAAGGUGAUCGAUCCGGCGCUGUACGUGGCACGCGUGGACGAGGACGAAGUCGGCAAGUAACGCCGCCGGCACCUUCGCCUCCUGGACUUACUGACUGGUGAAAGGAAUUAGGAUAAUAUUACAAAAACAAAAAACUUAUUUGUAAAAAGUGUAAUGAAUUUAUUGUAACGAUAUGUGCGUGUAUAUAGUUUAUCGUGAAAUAAGACUUGAACCUAGAAAAGGUUAAUUUUUUAAAAGUGUAUAUAAUAAACAUCGGAACUUACGAAAGGCACCUUGCGCUCUUUGUCCAUAUUGGAUUCUGUGCGCAGUUUCCUGCGAUUGUUAAAAAGUAAAAUAUUUAUCUGAUUAUCCUAUGUGAGAGUCUAUCUAAAUUUGUCAGUGAUCAAAACAUAAAUUGUGGUAGACUUUUAACUUGUGCAACUUUACCUACCCAUAUUUAUAUUAAAAAUUUGAGCUAGCACAUAAUUACUUUAAUACUUCACAUAAAUUAACAUUUAUAUUUAUCCGUGAAUGGGUAGGUAACAAGACUAGCUCAAAUAAAACAUAUCGGAAAAUUAUUCAUUUGAAUUUAUCAGUGUCAUGAUGUUGUUUCUGGCCGCUUGAAACAAUGUAUUUACAUCAAGCUGUUCCUAUUUGAAAUCAGGUUAAAGCAAUAAAUUGACCAAGAUUUUAAAUAAGUUUAAAGUCACAAAAAAAGAUAACUUGAAUAACCUGUGAUGUGAUUAUUUAUUUGGACAUAGGGUCAUUGUUGCAUUAACUUGAUUUUACAGUUCUUAUAUUUUAUUGUUAAUUUUAAGCGGUAAAAGUCACAAUGUAAAAAGUUAAAAAUGUAAGAUCUUGAUCUUGAGAAUGGGUUGUACCAGUAACUUUAAAAAGAUUAUAUUUGCAUGUGGGGCAUUUUGAGUAACAACUAUAGUCCUUUCUGACAACCCUUUUACUCAAAUCAAAGAUUACUAUUGAAAAGUUCACUUGUGACAAGCUAACAAAGCAGGGGAAUACACUCAUUAUGUUUAACGGCUUGCAUUAUGAAUAUUGCCCUGCUUCUUGAGGGAUUAAAAGGAGAGCCAUUUGUGUUCAAUUAAAUUUAAAGAUGAUGAGCUCUCGGGGGUUUAAAAAUUUGGGAUGUCUCGUGAAGAGUUAUAUAAUUGGUCACAGUCAAGGUAAAUCAAAAUGCAUAUUAUAAUAAUUAAAAUAUGUUCUAUCAACUCAUUAACUGUAUACUACAAUUAUUUGACAAUGUUUAAUUUAUCUUUAAAUAUGUUGCUGAGUAUUGCCUUAUUUUAAAUAAGUAUUAUAUAUAAAUGUUUUACAGAUUUCGAUUUUAAAAAAGAAGCAAUUGUCAAAGAGAGAAAGUGUCAAGAUUAUUGAAAUAUCUGUAACUGUGAUAUCAAAUUCAUCACCAGGUUAUAUAAAUAUGGUAAUGAGAUGAGAUGUUUUAUCUUAAUUUUGUCUUCCUAUUACUCUAUAAAUUAAUCGGGGUAAAGUAGUUAAUUUCUAUUUAAAUACAAAGUGACAAAUGUGCUAUAGUUAAUAUAAAUCGUCUUAUUGUUAACAGUGAUAUUCGAUUAGUACAAAAAGAUUAGCAUUUUGGAUUGUCUUAAAAAUGGAAUAACUUACAUUUUAGACGUCUCAUCUGUUUGCCAAGUAAAAAAGGCAGCAUAUCAUAGAUAUUUUUAUAAAAAUCUAUUUCAAACAAUAAAUCAUGAACUUAAAACCUAAGAACUAUACAAAAAUAUAAUAUCUUAAAAGUAAAUCUUAUUUUUAUUGAGCACAACAAGUUGACAAAUAAUUGUUUUGAUAUUGUUUACAUUACAAAAAUAUUUUUCAAAAUUUCCAAUGUCCGGUCUUACAUAUAUAUAUAUGUAUAUUACUUAAAAAUUUCAGGCUAAUCUUGUGCAUUUUAUUCUAUUGUAUAUUUCAAGAUAUUAAAAUUUUCCCACAUUAUUUUAAAUCCAUAGCCAAUUUACGAGAAGUGUGGUGGAAAUGGAAAGAUUACACAUGCUCUAUGACAUGUGCAACAAUGUUUGUAAUAUCAUAAAUAUAUUUUUGUUAAAAAAAUGGGCCAAAAAUAAACUCUUCACAUAA